GAGGAGGGGGGAGCUAAAGCUAUUGUUCAUGUCCUCCCCUGAACAAAGGGGCUGAUCUGGGUCCCUGUAAACCCGGAGCAGGAUUCACAGUCCUAAGGAGGCGUAAUGCAGGACCAAACAGGACCGAUCCGCUCCCGGACUCCGGCACUGUGCUGUUCCUCCAAGUCCUUCAAGCUGUACUCCCCGAAGGAGCCCCCCAACGGCAGCACUUUCCCCCCUUUCCACCCCGGCACCAUGCUGGACAGAGACGUGGGUCCAACCCCGAUGUAUCCUCCCACAUACCUGGAGCCAGGAAUCGGGAGGCACACGCCUUACGGAAACCAAACCGACUACAGAAUAUUUGAACUGAACAAACGGUUACAGAACUGGACAGAGGAGUGCGACAACCUGUGGUGGGAUGCGUUUACUACAGAGUUCUUUGAGGAUGACGCCAUGUUGACCAUCACGUUCUGUCUGGAAGACGGACCCAAACGCUACACGAUUGGCCGGACGUUGAUUCCGAGGUACUUCCGCAGUAUAUUUGAGGGCGGUGCCACUGAGCUCUACUACAUCCUGAAACAUCCCAAGGAGUCGUUCCACAAUAACUUUGUUUCUCUGGACUGUGAUCAGUGCACCAUGGUCACGCAGAACGGAAAGCCCAUGUUCACACAGGUGUGUGUGGAGGGCCGCUUGUAUCUGGAGUUCAUGUUCGACGACAUGAUGAGGAUAAAGACGUGGCACUUCAGCAUCAGGCAGCACCGGGAACUCAUCCCCCGCAGCAUCCUGGCCAUGCAUGCCCAGGACCCACAGAUGCUGGAGCAGUUAUCCAAAAACAUCACAAGAUGUGGCCUGUCCAACUCCACCCUCAACUACCUCCGACUGUGUGUGAUUCUGGAGCCAAUGCAGGAGCUAAUGUCCAGACACAAGACGUACAGCCUCAGUCCCCGUGACUGCCUGAAGACCUGCCUCUUCCAGAAGUGGCAGCGAAUGGUGGCGCCGCCAGCGGAGCCGUCGAGGCAGGCGCCAAACAAGAGGAGGAAGCGAAAGAUGUCGGGAGGCAGCACCAUCAGUGGCGGAGGAGGAACAAACAACAACAACAACAAGAAGAAGAGUCCCGGCAGCGGCUUCCCGCUGUCCAGCCAAGUGCCAGACGUGAUGGUGGUGGGCGAGCCCACGCUGAUGGGAGGAGAGUUUGGCGACGAGGAUGAGCGUCUGAUCACACGGCUGGAGAACACACAGUUUGACGCAGCCAACGGCAUCGAUGACGAGGACAGCUUCAACAACUCUCCGGCUCUGGGCUCCAACUCGCCGUGGAACAACAAGGCGCCGUCCAGCCAGGAGAGCAAGAGCGACAACCCCACCUCCCAGGCGUCGCAGUAAACCCGCAGCCCCGCCCACCGACGCCAGCCCGCCCCUCUGUGUUCACAUCCUCAUAAACAAAAUGUACUGUCUGCUCUCGCUAGUUUUCUUUUUGGACAGCGAUCAGGAGGCAGAGCCUAAAGACUGUGCAUGCUAAAGUGUCCGUGUCACAGUGCACGUGUAUGGACAGGGUGAGGAAGAUGAUGGCGGCGGCUCGGAGGUGGCGGUGGCGAGUUGCAUAGCGACAGCUUGUCCACCUGACCCCUGACGUGGGUCUGAGUUCUGGUCUGUUGCUUCAGCGCUCGGCUCGGUCCGUGUUUGAGUGUGCAGAUGUGGGCGGACCAGAACUUAGACUCCGCCUCUCAAACCAUCAACACACUCGUGAAGCUGAAAGGCGGCACAAAGAACAGGUCUCCCAUUGGUCACGAUUGAAGGAUUCUGGUCUCUGAUUGGAUGAUGGAGCAUUUAUAACACACUGACACGUUUGGAGAGUUUUUAUACAGUAUAUAUAUUUCCCUAGAAUGUUCUUAAUUUGUAUUAAACACCUUCAUUUUAAUAGUUUUCUUUUUUAUUUUCUACCGAAUCAAUACUGAAAAGCUACAGACCAAGGAGCACCACAGGACUAUAACCCCCGCCCCCAGAAAUCUAUUGUUUUUAUGGUUUGUGUUUAUAAAAGAGAAAUAAUUUAGUGUGGAUGUUCUUAUUUUGUUCCUCUUUGUGGAUUUGUGCUUGUAUAUUUAAGGUAGUAGCAAAGUUCUGUCUGUAAUAAAAUGUAUUCUUAGAUCAACCUAAAGCCAUCCUGAUGUAAAGAAACAAAAUAAACUCCUCCCUCUGUUGUCC